UCGAAAGACAGUCGCCGUAGACGUCAUGCUUAUUUAUGUUUAUGUGAUGGUGUGAUAUUUUCAAAACAGCAGAAAAUUAGCUAAGGCAAGAUAAAAAGUAGGUGAGAACUAGGUACAGAGUUGGGACUUGAAAUGCAUGUUGGGAUUUGCCGGAUUCCGGAAUAGCUAGAAACCAAUCAGCAUGGAUCUGAACUGCAGAGAUAUUGAGUCUGAAAAGGAUACAGAUACUGUGGGGUAUGAUGUUAUGCAAAAGGAUUUCCCUAAUGAAUAUCACGCAGCUGCAUAUCUGGGACAACUGAGUGAUUCUGGGAAAAAGUCUAACUACAUUACACACCUGGCUAUCAGUGGGUCCCAGUCCCAGCUGGCUGCGGUAUGUUCAGACUUUUCACUGUCACUGUUUGACUGGGGCACCUUGAAGAAGCUCCACUCCAUGAGAGGGCACACAGACAAAGUCACAGGCGUCAGGUACGUGCCAGGGAGCGACUCGGUGCUGGUUUCCUCGUCCCUGGACGGCACCGUGCGACAGUGGGACACCCGGUCCGGCCAGAUGACAAUGGAACACUCAGACACCACCUUACAGAAGCGGAAACCGCUGACCUGCGUGGACGUCAAUGCGGCCGGCCGGUUCCUCUGUGCCGGUACUGAGGUGGUGGACCAGGACGCUUACCUGGUGUUCUGGGACGUGCGACAGCCGAUGCCGCUCGGAGGCUACUGGGAGUCGCACACGGACGAACUCUCCACGGUACGUUUCCACCCGACCGACAGCGGCGCGCUGGCCACCGGCUCCACGGACGGAUACGUGAACGUGUUCGACGUCACUCAGACCUCCGAGGACGACGCGCUCCAGGCGACUCUGAACACCGAGUCCUCCGUCAGCUCAGUCACGUGGUACGAGCGGUCCGACGGCCGUCACCUGGCGGUGGUGCUUGACACGGAGGAGCUGCAGCUCUGGGACCUGCAGGAGUCGGAGCGGACUGCCCAGUUCGGACGGCAGGAGGUCGCACAGGCCAUUCGGCGGACCAUGUCUGAGGUGUGCUACGUAGAGAGCUGCCACCAGACCGCCGAGGGAGACGUCCUGGCCGUCGCCGGAGCCACCACCAAAGAAGGUCACGGCUGUCUGCGCCUGCUGCGGAUAGACGGCGACCGUUUGACGCCGCACGCGCUGCUCGAGGACUCCGAGGUCACCCAGCAGCUGGUGCGCGCCAGUGCCUUCAGCCCGGCGACUGGCGAGCUGGUGACUGGCGGCGAGGGCGGCAUGCUGACCCUCUGGAGGCCGGGCGCCAGGCCCAGCUCCUCCCAACGCCGAGACGCCAAGGCGCCCACCCACAAACAGCGCGGCAAACACAAACAGAAGCCCUACUGAGUCCGAUUGUUACCGCCUCAUCACUGUUUGAAUACAUCGCGUGACCAUGUGAAGA